AUGAAUGAACUCCAGGCAGUCGUAGAAAGGUUCCAGCAUUGCCAAGAGAUACAUGAGCAGGCAUUACAACGCAUCCGGGACCUCGAGCAGCAACUGCAGGAGUCGGAUUCAAAACGGUAUUGCAAGUAUUGCUCCGGGAACUCCGCUCCGGCUGAAAACAAUUUAAAUCCAUCGAGCGGGUACCCGGUGUGCAUGGACUCGCCUGCGCCUGCUCGGCGGCGCCCCGCCGCGCCGCACUCGCCGGCGCUCCGUGCCGCGCUGGCGGCGCCGGGGUCGCCCGCGCUGCGUGCCUUGUUCGCGCCGCGCCCGAGCCCCGCGCCCGCGCCCGCGCCCGCGCCCUCUCCGCGCCGCGAGCCUGUCCCGCCGAGCCCCGCCGUCGCCGCGCCGGCUCCGUCGCCGCCGAGCCUCCUGCGGCUGGCUCUCGAGCGGCUGACCGUCGAGCCUGAGCCGCGGUCGCCGGCCCCGACACCGUCGAGCCUCCUGCGGCUGGCUCUGGAGCGGCUGACCGUCGAGCCUGAGCCUCGGCCGCCGGCCCCGUCGCCGGCGCGCGCGUCGAGCGCGGCGCCCGCCCCGGCGCCCGGCGCUCCGCGCGCUCGGAGCCGGGACCCUCCGCGGUCGACGGUCAUCUAUUCUGACGCAAUCGGGGCCGGCCUCGGCGUGCUGCUGGGUGAAUGUCUCCGGCAAAGUGUAACAAAUGUGUGUUUGCGUGGUGCCUCCGUCGAAUCGGUCGUGCGCCGCCUGGCGAGGGACAAGUUUGACAGUGGCACCACUCUGAUUAUACACCUCGGCGAUAGUACCACCUUCGGCGGAUUUUAG